AUUUAAUUUCUGGAAUGUUAUUAAUUUCGAUUUAUAAUUUGAAUGCAAUAAUUAAAAAAUUUCAUUGGAUAAGUGUGUAAAUUCAUAAUGUAAUAUAGAAUGUUAUUUAAUCAUGAUUAACAUUCCACUUUUAAGGAGUUUAAAUGGUAAAUUUUCAACCAUAACUCCUAAAUACGUUCGUACCUUUUCUAACACUAGUGACUUUUCCGAAAUUGUUAUGAACGUUUUAUCGAAUUAUAAGUCAACGAAGGUUAAAAAGGUUUUUGUACUUGAAAAGAUAACUAAAUAUGAUUUGGAAAUUCAAAAUGGUUUAUCGCCAGCUCAAAUUUAUAAAACAUUUCCACUGGCUUAUAACACACAUCUAACUCAUAAAAAGAUUAUGGACUCAUUAAUUUAUCAUUUAAAAAAUGUUUAUAAACUUGAAACCGAAGUAGUUAAAGCACAAUCAAAAGGACUUUUACCAUUCGAAGGAUCAAAGAAUACUAAGAGAGUCAGACCAGACCUUGUAAUCGCAGCAGGAGGCGAUGGAACGUUCUUGGAGGGAGCUUCAUUGAUCCCGGCAGACCAGCUUUAUGACACACCAAUAUGGCUGGCAGGACUUAACACGGACCCUGAAAGGAGCAUGGGUACGUUAUGCAUGUCGUACUUUGGUCCAAAAAACGAACAACAUUUUAACUGUGGAUAUUACGACUAUGAGAAGUGCCAGCCAACGUCUAAAGAGGGUUUAAAUUCACCAAAAUCUGAUUCACCUGACCCAUUUGAUAGUUCUAGCGUCUUUUAUAAGAAUUUGAAAGAGUUUUGUAGUUAUUCAUAUAACAGAAUGACUGAGAAGAAACUAUACUUUGAUAAUCCUAGUUUGUACCAUUCAGAAGACAACUCUCCAAUUCCCAUUAAAAGUGAUGAUGUACUACUUACCUAUGACCAGUACGUUAGAGUGUUACUUGAUAACUUGCUGAAUUUUAAUUUACACCCGAUACCAAGGCAGAGAUUGAGGUUAAAGCUGUUUAAAAGAAAGAUGUUAAACUUCAAUAAGUCAAAACCUGAUGAAACGGAUGAGAGUUUAAAUAGUUGUUUUGACAACAGCGUGAUUGAGAAGAUACUUGUAAGAAACUCAAGUUCGAGUUUUGAGGAGAAGGAGCUUAUCAACUACCACCCCUCAGAUACAGAUUCAUACUCGUUGCCUUACGGAAUCGUUAACGAUGUUAUGAUCACAGGAGAGGACUUUGGAAAGUCCUUUUACUCGAUAGUACAAGUGGAUGAUAAGCCCUUAAAAAGAGUAAAAUCUUCAGGAAUUCUAAUAACUUCGGGGACUGGGUCUACAGCUUGGGCAUACAACAUCUCAAAAAUUAAUUUUUUCAAGGGGACCAGUUUAAUUAAAUGCUUACUUGAGCAUCCAGAUGUUCCUAAAUCACUUGAAAAUUCCAUAAAUGAUGAGAUAAUUAAGGAGUCUAUUGAGUGUUUUAACCAUAAGCUUAAGAUGGAUCCAAGUAGGUCAGUUAUGAGAUGUUUAAUCAGAGAGGAGAUAUCAAACAAGACAACCGACGAAACUAAUUUCUACAGCUGUAAACAAGUAAAGGUGGUUCCUCUAUGUAAAAAUGCAGUUGCAUGUGCUGACGGCUCAACAAGAGUUACACUUGAUUACGGGGAUGUGGUCCUGAUUAAAACUUUUGAAAGUGACUUGAUAUGGUCAUUAAUAUGAUUUAUACUAAA